GGGUUGAUGCAUUAUAUGACGAUGAAUUGGAAAAUGAAGCGGAAGAACUCAAGGAAUUUUUACGUAACUGAUUUGAAUUCGUUCUGAUACGCAGAUGCCUGGAGCACGACGAGACUUGACGAUCCCGAGGUAUCUGCUGGUUCGUGAUACACAUGAGGAGGAUCUCAUCAGGAGUGCGGCACGAUUUUUACGAAUGGCUAAUAACAAUGACAAUCAGGACGAGAGGACAAAUGACGUUCGGGAGCUUGCCAGGAUUAUUCAGCAGUCCCAGAAGGAUCAAAUCCCGAAGAUUGACGUUCCAUUGUUUGAUGGUAACAACGUCUCGGGAUGGGCAGAAAAGUUCGAGCAAUUGGGAAGUUGCUGCGAAUGGUCGAAUGAAAAGAUGCUGCAAAUGGUGAAGAGAUACUGCAAGAUCCAGUACAAGGAAGAGGUGGAGGAGUUGGUACAAGAUUCGCUGGACUGGGCAGAAUUCAAAAGGAAGCUGCUAGAAAAGUACCAGUUGAGCGAUCAAUUGUUGGAUUUGACCGAUUUGAGGAAGGUGAAGGAGAAUCGAGAGAGGAUACAGUUGGGAACAGAUAAGGACAGGGAAGUCUAUAAGACCUUAUCUGACAUGAAGGAAAUGAUGACCAGCAUGAAAGAAGAGCGGUUGAAGCUUCAAGUGAUGAUGACUAAGGCGAAAACUAGGAAGAGAAAAGGGAAGGAGCCUGUCACUGAAGAAAGUAGCAGUGAGAGUGAGAGCGAGGAGGAAAGGGAAACCCCUCAUAAGUUGACCAAGGCUGAGAGGAAAACCUUGAACCAGAUAAGAGGAGGGCAAGGUACUUCUCGUAAACAAAGAGAAAGCAGCAAGAACGGAGGAAAUGGAAGCGGGGAGCGACAGGUUGAUCAAGGACAACAAAAUCAAGGUCAACAGACUCAACCACAGGGUGGUGAAGGCCGUGUUAGGGGCCGCGGAAACGGAGGCGGGCGUGGGAACUGGCAGGAAUACGUCUGCAAAUAUUGCGAUUUGAAGGGGCACGUUAUUCGUUUCUGCCAGAUUCUCGCCAAGGACGAAAAUGACCAUAUCGUCUUCACGACGAUUCGAGGAGAAGUCUUUAACUUCGAGGGAAAUCUCAUCGAUCAGGAUAUUGAAGGAGGAAUGAGAAAAGAGGUUUUUCGACGGAUGGGCCGUCCUCUUCCGGCCACAUUCCGCCUAGAUUCUCCUGAAGAAGCAAGUCUUUUUGAGUUAGAAGAAACAAUGACUUCUCUGGAGAUUGGUCAGGACGGGUCUGUACCUGCAGCCGCUUCGGCGCAGGAAGUAAUGCCAAUGAUACGGCCAAUGAUGAUGUCCAGACCUGUACUCAAGCGAGGGAUGCCAACCGUCAUGGUGCAGACAAGAAAAGGAAGGAAAACCUCACAAUCGCAGUCUGCGCCAGGAGAAAAUUCAAAGGAACCUAAGGAAAAAGAACCUAUUCAGAUAGAAGAAGGGGAUGAUGAGGAGGAGGAUGAAAGAUUGCGAGCAGAGGAUGAACUGCUAGCAAAGCAAAGAGCUAUGGAAAGGGCGUCGGAAGCAGGGAAGACCCAGGUCGAGGAAGAAGAACCUCGCAAAAAGAAGAACGUGUACUCAAUUCCUGUUGAACAAGGGAUUGAUUUUGAACAGCUGGUGGAUCGUAUUCUGGAAAGUCGGCAUGAUCUGGUUACCUUGAAGGAGAUUCUUGCAGUAUCGUCAAAGCUUCGCGAGGAAUUCAAGCAACGCAUGACUCGGAAGAAAGUCAUGACAGUUAAGCUGAGUGAGAUUAUCUCUCCAGAAGCUAACUGGGCACCUCCUGGCACAAAGAUGGACUGGCGAUGCGUGGCCACAUGCCUCAUAAAAGUUCAAAUCGGCCAUGGAGAGUUUUCGGCUCUCAUAGACGAUGGGGCCGAAAUGAGCAUCAUGAGGGAGAGGCAUGCAAUUGAAGCUGGAUUUCAGAUCAAUCGCAAUGACUUUGGAUAUUUGAUUGGAGCCAGCGGGGCAACACCAUUUUGCGGUACGGCUAGUGGCGUGAUGGUCACAGUUGGGAAAGUAAAAGCGAGAUCAUACUUUUAUAUAUUGUCAAAGGUUGAGCACGAAGUGUUUUUGGGAAGAUCUUUUCAAUGUCGCACAGAGAGCAUAAUCUUCAACAAGCAUGACGGCGACAUGUUUGUAGCUUUAUGCGAUCCGGUUUGCGACUAUUAUGAAGUGGUAAAGUUGGACGUCGAUAUGAUUCCAAUGAUCUGGAUUCAUACGAUACCGCAUGAGCCAUGGAAUGUGGGAGGUCCACGAUAUCCGAAUCCAGACGAUCACUGGAAGGUGGUGGAUUAUCUUGAUGGUAAGAUUCGGACCAAAGUUGCAGACUAUUCGUAUGGGCUGUAUGCAUCCCCUUGGUUCUGCUUCAUCAAGCCGAACGGUGUUUUACGAUGGGUUCAUGACCUGCAGAAAUUGAAUUCUGUAACAGUCCGAGAUGCAGGUGGACUUCCGAACGCCGACCAACUCUCGGAAUCUUGUGCAGGUCAGCCCAUCAUCACCUUAAUUGAUUUGUAUUCAGGGUAUGAUCAGUUCCCGCUGUACACAGCGGAUCGACCUAUGACGGCGAUGCACACGCCUCGGGGACUGCUUCAUAUGUGCGCGGCUCCACAAGGUUGGACGAAUGUCGUGGCAAUUGUGCAGAGAUAUAUGAUGAGAGUCAUGCAGCCGCUUUGUCCGGACGUGACUUCUCCAUAUAUCGAUGAUUUGGCUAUCCCAGGACCUCGAGUCAAGGACGAGACUGAAGUAUUACCCGGCGUUCGAAAGUUCGUAUGGGAACACAUCAGUAAUGUGGAAAAGGUUCUUAGGAAACUGAACGAAUAUAACCUCACUGCUAGCGGGGUUAAAAUCGAGGCAUGGUUCGCAGCGAGGGUGGAACACUUGCGGAAGUUAGUACGCAAGAACCAGGUCUGGGAGUGGGGACCGAAACAGCAGGCAUCCGUUGAGGAUAUUAAAGCUGAGUUUCGAGAAGGCGGCCUGAUUCUGGGCGUUCCUUGCUUUGAUGAUGCUGAAAGCCGUCCUUUCAUCAUCGAGACCGAUGCAGAUCCUACCGCUUUGGGAGGAGUUUUGGUCCAAAAGGAUGGGGAAGGACGGGAACGACCAUUGAGGUUCGAGAGCAGAACUCUGAAUAUUACUGAGCGAAACUACUCCCAGUUCAAGAAGGAAACUCUCGCUGUGCUUCACUGUCUGCGUAUUUUCAGGAAUUAUGUAUUUGGCAGGCGGUUCAUUCUGCGAGUUGAUCUUACGGCUCUAGCUGAAUCAUUGAAAAACUAUUCUCCUUCUGAUCCAACCAUUGCUCGAAGGCUGACGUAUAUUUGGAUGUUCAAUUUUGAGAUUGAGCGCAUUUCAGGCGCUCAGAAUCGAGCAGAUGGAUUGAGUCGUGUUGAUUGGGACUUAUCAACAGAUCAGGCUGAGGAUUCAGUUCCUGUCGAUGGAUUUCUCGAAGGAGAAGAGUCACAGUUGAGUAUUAACUCAUACAAUUACUUGGCGGAUGCAACAACCCGGAAUGGGAAAACCAUCUGGAAUGCUCCUUGUUUCCAUCAUGUGCGAUCAGAGCUCGUGAUUGGGGAUCCGUUCAUUGAGGAAGAUCCAUGGGGUGAAAGAACAUCUGAGCAAAUGAUGAAUUUGGCUUUGUCUGAUGAAGUCGAGCUCAUCAAAGAGCCGCUGACGAUUGAGUAUGGGCAUGAGCAGGCUGAUAAAACUUUCAGGAUCACUGGAGAGAUGUCAUUCCUUGUGAACUCUCUAAUUCACGAGGACCGCCUGAAAAUGAUGAAUGAAGAAGCAGAAGGCAAUGAAAUCAGAGAGGCUUUCAGAGAAGGAGAGUAUGAUGGGGAGUAUAAAUUAAUGGGAAUGUGGUUGAAUGGUGAGUUGAGGGAGGAUGAGGUGGAUCCAGAUAUUCGUCAGAAAACAGAAUGCAUUGAGGAAUAUUAUCUUCGGUACCCAUUUGUCCGAGAAAUUGUCAUGGAUCGAGGUGGUGAGUUUCGAGUUGGGGAAGUCCAGGUGCUUCUGAAGCAACUUGGAGUAAGCUUUAGCUAUACUACAAGGGCACAUCCCCAGGCCAAUGCGCCACUUUAACGUGGACAUGCCAUUCUAACAAAUUUGUUGGCUAAAU